AUGGGAGAUGGAAUUACUGGACCCAAUACGGAAGCAUUGAAGCCUAGAGAAACAGUGCACAUGACGAUCAACGAAAUGAUCUCCAAAACCAAAGACAGGAUCGCCAGACACGAAAAGGAAGAUCGGGAAUCGGAGAGUGGUCGGAAGUUACCUAAAAACAUUUUGAAAGUGACUCAAGGGGACUCGAAAUUUAACCAGGGAAAUUCCCAGCUGGCGGGAGAUAUCCCCAGGUUUGAAAGUGACAAUGCCCUGGUCAAGGAAGAGGCUGCCACCGCAAGUUCUCCUACGGGCUUAGCUUAUACGGCAACCAGCGGAGGAUUUGUCUCGUCUUAUGAACUCCCUCCAAUGUCAUUGGCUAAUAUGCCCUGUGAAUGUCAAUGGCAACGCCCAGCUCGCAGCACGUUAAACUCUUCCCAGAAACCCUAUCCAAUGACGUUGAAGAGUGUGUACUAUGGCCAUCACUGGGGUGGUCCAGGCGGCGGGGCGCCGUCGCAAGCUGCCAUGAACAAUGUGGUACGUGGUCCAGCACAGACUGCACAGCUUGCCUUACAGCAUGAGGAUAGUGAGCUGAGGCGGGAUAAUUCCAAGCUAAACAAAGAGUUGUCCAAACUCCGGAGGGACCAUGCCCGGAUCAAAGAAGAGGAUGCUGUCCUUAAGCAGAAGUAUGAUAAGCUAAAACAGGACAAGAAGGAGCUAAAGGAGGAAAGAGCGAUGCGGGAAAAUUUUCAGAUCAUUGAAGAAAAUUCCAGUCUGAAGCAAGAGAUCGCGGACCUUAAGAAUCAGAUCGAAUUACAAAGCCCGCUCGUGAAAAGUGCAGUUGCGAUUCGUCUACGUUUCUGGGAGCAAGCUAAAGAGGCGCUGGGCUUGGGUGUAGGGGACCGCUCGAUUAUCGCAGCAGGAAACAUCGCUGCGCAUCAUGGAGAUGCACUCACAGACGGCGUGAUGGUUUCGCUGGGGUAUUUAAAAGUUGCACCAGAAAAUAACGUCCCGGAGCAACAUGAAUCGGAGUUUGAACGGAACUUAGAAACGUUUACCAAGAUGUAUGCCAUGGACCCUUCAUAUUAUAAUUCGCUUUCGCCACAACAGGUCGAAAUAGCGAAUAUGGGCGCAACUAUGCUCAUUUGGCGCUCUACAGGAGGAGUCGAUACAGAUAGCUCUCUUGUGGACUGGGGUCGAUUUGAUGAGCUAUACGACGACUGCUGCCUUAUUUUCGAUGCUUUGAUGGAUGAAACCAGCCCUUUAGAUAUUUUACGGGCUACAAUCGACACCGACUUUACAAUUUCGGAGAAGCUCCGUCAGAUGAAACACAUCUUUCGAAGAGCGGACAGAUAUAUUAAGUCAAAAAGGACAUCUAGUGGAGGACUUGAGAAAUCGCACACAACAGCAACAGAUGUGGGAGAAUAUGAAGGGCAGCAUUUUGAUGACCGUCGGUGGAGAAUGACAGGAGAAAACUCCGGAGCAGUGAGAGUGGAUAGUCAGAAUGGAUGUGUUGGUAAGAAACUGGCUGGUACAUCAGAGGCUAAAAGUUUAACACCGGAUAUAAUAGAUUCGGCACAAAAGACUGAGAAAUGUAGGCAGACGCCAGUUGGACGACGUUCAGGUAGAAAAGGACGUCGCGGAAGUCGAAGAUAG